CCGCUGCCCAGAGCCUGCAGGCAUCGGCGGCUCUCCCCCUCCUGCCAGGACGACUGGAGCGACGAAGGCCAAGGACCCUUCUCCUUCAGCCUCCGCGCCCCCCAGCUCCUGGCUCUGGGACUGGCCCACGGAGGCGACACUCCCCACCCCCACCCUCUGCCCGGAGAGGAGAGACUGUCCUUCCCCGCUCCUGCGUGCGGGCCGGGCCCUGGCCCCAGGCUGCCAGUGCCCCUCUGGUUCAGGGAAGGGCCUGGCCAGCCACAACUUCUUUCCUCCCACACUCCCCCUCUCGGUCUCUGCACCCUGCAGCUCCCACCCCUGCAUAUUCAUUUGUAUCUCCCUGGCCCCCGGCCAGCCCCUCCGUCUCUGUCUCCGGAUUCAGGCCUCCCUCCCUGACAUGGAGAGUAACCUGUCUGGCCUGGUGCCCGCUGCCGGUCUGGUGCCUGCGCUGCCACCGGCCGUGACCCUGGGGCUGACUGCGGCCUACACCACCCUGUACGCCCUGCUCUUCUUCUCCGUUUAUGCCCAGCUCUGGCUGGUGCUCCUGUACGGGCACAAGCGUCUGAGCUACCAGACGGUGUUCCUGGCACUCUGUCUGCUCUGGGCCGCCUUGCGCACCACCCUCUUCUCCUUCUACUUCCGAGACACCCCCCGAGCCAACCGCCUGGGGCCCCUGCCCUUUUGGCUUCUCUACUGCUGCCCCGUCUGCCUGCAGUUCUUCACACUGACGCUGAUGAACCUCUACUUUGCCCAGGUGGUGUUCAAAGCCAAGGCGAAACGUCGGCCGGAGAUGAGCCGAGGCUUGCUGGCUGUCCGAGGGGCCUUCGUGGGGGCCUCGCUGCUCUUUCUGCUGGUGAAUGUGCUGUGUGCUGUGCUGUCCCGCCGGCGCCGGGCACAGCCCUGGGCCCUCCUGCUGGUGCGUGUCCUGGUGAGCGACUCCCUGUUUGUUAUCUGCGCGCUCUCUCUUGCCGCCUGCCUCUGCCUUGUUGCCCGGCGGGCACCCUCCACCAGCAUCUACCUGGAGGCCAAGGGGACCAGUGUGUGCCAGGCAGCGGCGAUGGGCGGUGCCAUGGUCCUGCUCUAUGCCAGUCGGGCCUGCUACAACCUGGCGGCCCUGGCCUUGGCUCCCCGGAGCCGGCUGGAUGCCUUCGAUUAUGACUGGUACAAUGUCUCUGAUCAGGCGGACCUGGUGAAUGACCUGGGGAACAAAGGCUACCUGGUGUUCGGCCUCAUCCUCUUUGUGUGGGAGCUGCUGCCCACUACCCUGCUGGUGGGCUUCUUCCGGGUGCACCGGCCUCCACAGGACCUGAGCACCAGCCGCAUCCUCAAUGGGCAGGUCUUUGGCUCCCGUUCCUACUUCUUCGAUCGGGCCGGGCACUGCGAGGACGAGAGCUGCUCCUGGGAGCACAGCCGGGGCGAGAGCACCAGCAUGUCAGGCAGCCUAGGCUCUGGCAGCUGGUACGGCGCCAUCGGGCGGGAGCCAGGCUGGUACGGGGGCAGCCAGACUCGGACCACUCCUCUGCUCUUCUCCCAGGUGCUGGACCCAGGCAGCCACCACCACAGUCUCUACUCCACUCCACAGACGUGAUCCCCUCCACCUGUCCCCACAACACUCAGACCCCAGUCCCUCCUCCCCAGGCCCCUGUGCCAAGUUCAUCUGCUGCUUCUUGCCCCGGAUCCCAGGGGCUGUGGCCACCUCCUCCCUGGCCAGCUCCUUGCUACUUCUGUUGUAGUGAGUCUGUGCUGACGGGGGCACGGCCCUGCCUGCCGGAUGCGCACGGCACCCUGGCAUGACCUGCCGCCUCCGCUUCUGUGCUGGAGCCAGCUACCUCUCCUGUGUCUGCCACUCAAUAAACAGUGUCUGUGCCCCAUG